AAGAGGGAAGAAAAUAUGUAUUCAGCAGUGAGCUUAUCCUUCAUAUUACUUGCCAUUUCAUCCAAUUUUGCAAUAGCAAUCAAUAAGGAAAAGCGAGUACCCCAGACCCUCUCUAGAGGAUGGGGAGAUGAUAUCACUUGGGUACAAACAUACGAAGAAGGCCUCUAUCAGGCAAAACAAAGUAAUAAGCCAUUGAUGGUUAUUCACCAUUUGGAGGAUUGUCAAUAUUGUCAAGCAUUAAAGAAGGUCUUUGCAGGAAAUCAAGAAAUACAGGAGAUGUGUCAGAAUGAUUUCAUCAUGCUCAACCUCAUGCAUGAAACGACUGAUAAGAACUUAUCACCUGAUGGACAGUAUGUGCCUCGAAUCAUGUUUGUAGAUCCUUCUCUCACAGUAAGGGCUGAUAUCACUGGAAGAUACUCAAAUCGAUUGUAUACUUAUGAACCUCAAGACUUAUCUGUGUUAAUUGAGAAUAUGAAGAAAGCAUUGCGUCUUAUUCAGACUGAAUUGUAA